UAAACCAGCCAAAACAACCUCAGGCCUCCACUCUCAUCCACUUGAGCCUUCUCUAUCAAUCACUCACUCCCCUCCCUCGAAUGCCAUUUAAAUCCUCCAUGCCUUUAACUUAUUUUAAAUAUUACUCCGAUCUCCUUCCUUCCUUCCUUCCUUCCUUCCCUACCUACGUCUAGCCUUUCUUCCUUCAUUCACCUUAAUUCCCAUCAAUCAAUUUCUGACUAGCUAGCUACGUUCUCCAUGUUUUCCCACGGAGACAACGACGCCUUGCCCAACGACCAUAAUGCCAAACCUCCUCGCCAAGAAGUCGAUGACUCCAUUCUGUUGCUCUCUCUUUGGCCCCCCGGAUCCCAUCCCACCACCACCCCUACGCUCACUUCCUCCCCGGCUUCCUUCUCCACUUGUUGCUCCUCCAAUUGGCUCCAAUACUCCAGCUCCAACCAAUGCCAAGCCGAUCGCGCCGACGUGACGAUUGCACUCUCCAUCGGCAUGCCGAAUUCAAGCGGCAUUGGCGGCGGUAGUAGUGCUAUUGGUGCAACAGUGACGACCGCAGCUGCUGCUACCACCGGUGUUGGUGGCUCGGGGUUUAACCCAGCCCUGCCCAGCCAGUACUGGAUCCCCUCCGCCGCCGAAAUCCUCAUUGGCAACACCCAGUUCUCCUGCACCGUCUGCAAUAAAACCUUCAAUCGUUUCAACAACAUGCAGAUGCACAUGUGGGGGCACGGAUCGCAGUACCGGCGGGGAUCUGAGUCGCUGCGUGGGGCUACGCGGCCGAUGCCGUCGCCGGCGCUGCUGAAGCUUCCGUGCUACUGCUGCGUGGAGGGGUGCAAGAACCACAUCGAGCACCCGCGAGCGCGGCCGCUCAAGGACUUCCGCACGCUGCAGACGCACUACAAGCGCAAGCACGGGGCUCGGCCCUUCGCGUGCCGACGCUGCGGCAAGGCCUUCGCGGUCCGCGGCGACUGGCGCACCCACGAGAAGAACUGCGGCAAACUCUGGUUCUGCAUCUGCGGCUCCGACUUCAAGCACAAGCGAUCCCUCAAGGACCACGUCCGCUCCUUCGGCACCGGCCACGCCCCCCAUAUCCUCGACACCGCCGCCGCCACCGUCGCCGCCAUGAGCGUCGACGAGGAGGAAGACGACGAGGAGGAAGAGGACCUGCAGGAUCAGACCGAUGAGGUGGAGCUAGCCAACUAAUCGAUCGAUCCAGCCAGCCAGCCAGCCAUCCAUCCAUCCAUCCAUCCAUCAAUCAAUCUCACUAGCUAGCUUAAUUAUUAAUUAUACGAUGAUCGAUCUGAUGUUUCCAUGCACAUAGAUUUGGUCUUUACUUUUUCCCUUUAGGUUACUGUCCAGUACUGUCAUAGUGUCUCGUGCAUGAGAGGCUGAAUCGUUUUAAUUAUAUCCUAGGGGAGACUAGCUAGCUACAUGUUAUCUUUUCUAGCUCUUUCAAUUCAGUGCGUACGUCAAGUUUAUGCUCCUUCCGAUCCA